AUGAAGCGGGUUGUCGGGGACAAUGCCACAUUGCCUUGUCAUCACCAGUUCUGGCAGUCGAAUGGACAAACACUGGACAUCGAAUGGCUCCUGCAGAAACCCAAUGUCAAACAACUGCUGUUGAGUUUACUCUCGGCCGGGGCUCAGACCGAGAUGAAGCGGGUUGUCGGGGACAAUGCCACAUUGCCUUGUCAUCACCAGUUCUGGCAGUCGAAUGGACAAACACUGGACAUCGAAUGGCUCCUGCAGAAACCCAAUGUCAAACAACUGAAGCCGUCUAAACCCCGCUGCUGGAUGGAGGGCCGGCUUCUGGAGGGCAGUGAUGUGAAACUGAGCUGUAAGUCUUCAGACGGAUCCGACCCUAUUCAAUACAAAUGGGAGAGAGUUCUGGAUAAGGGCAAGAGCGUGGGAAAACUGCCUUCCCGCGCACUCAUCGAUCUGAAGAACCCAGAGAUCGUGACCUUGAGGAAUUUGACGCAGGACAGCUCUGGGGUCUACAAGUGCACCGCCAGCAACGAUGUAGGAGAGGAGAACUGUAUCAUCGAGGUCACAAUGCAAUAUGUGCGGGGCAUAGGUGUGGUGGCUGGAGCCGUGGUUGGUGUUUCAUUCGGCGUUCUGCUCCUCAUUCUCAUCAUCUGGCUGGUCUUCCGCAAGAAGGAGAAGAAGAAAUAUGAGGAGGAGGAGACGCCUAAUGAGAUCAGAGAGGAUGCAGAAGCUCCUAAAGCCAAGCUGGUGAAGCCCAACUCCCUCUCCUCAUCUCGCUCUGGCAGCUCCCGCUCCGGUGCCUCCUCCACACAGUCCAUGGUGCACAAUAGCGCCCCCCGAGGCCAGCGUCCACGGCCACCCGCUGUCGCCGCCCUCAAGGAGAACGGUCAGCCCCACGGGUUCCCCCAAUCUCCCCCGGCCUACACGCAGGUCGUGCCUAAAACCCCAGAACCCCCGGCCACCCCAAAAUUCAGACCCCCCAAUCCUCCAGUGGGCAUAGCCAUCCCGGCGGGCGUCUUGGUCCCUGCUCAAAGCAAGGCCUUUCAGACAGUGUAGAGAGUAAAGGAAGCGCACCCUGGUGCGGGUCUCCGUACAAGACACCCAACAGUGACUCUUCCAAAAGUUGCAACUACGAUUGGAAAAAUAAAAUACACACAAAAAAUAAAACCAUAAUUAAAAAAUAAAAUCAAUCAUAUAAAAUCUAAAAAGAUGAAUGCAUAUUUAAAAGGGAAAAUACACAGUGCUUGCCCCCUUCUGAAGUAUUAAAAAAAGAAAACAAGGGAGGAACUGAAGAAAAAUUAUUUUUAUUCUCAUUCUUUGGUUCUCUCCCCUUCUUUUGAUCUCUUGGCACAGUCUGACCCUUUUUCACAUUUUUUGUUUUGCUUUCUCUUUUUGAGCUCUUGAAGGCUUUGUGGGCGGUGGGGUGGAAAGAUUUCCCCAAGUGCAGUUUAUUUAUUUAAUGCAUCAGAGAGGCUAAAGGUCCAAGGGCUGGCUGGGUUUAUGAAGCAUGAUGGCGAGAGGAAGGACCAGCCGAUUCUGAAGAGAAAUGAAGGAUAUUAUCCAAGAACCUGUUGUUUCUGUCGAAGACGUGGGGGCAGCUCUGGGAACAUGAACUGUCCAUCUCAUUCCCAUUAAAUUUUCCCAGAAUGCAAUGCAACAUCGACUAUGGCUCAGAUAUCAAAAUCAAAGGCAAUCUUAUUAAUACCUUAACAAACCACUGAAAAUAAGUGAAGUGAUCGGAAGAAAUGGUCCCCGAUGGACAUUUCAGCACGUGGAUGACGCCGUGUCAUUGAUGUAGUGACACAGAGGGACUUUAACAGUUCAGUCAUCAUGUAACACACUGUGGGGCGAAUUCACUGGACGGUUUCGCUACCUUAGCACAUUAUAUUUCAUAAAAAACACCCAUUUAAAUGAUGCCGUUGUCAUUGGUUUUUGCGCAAACCCACUUUUUCUAUGUAAAUUAGGCUGAUAUUGUAUAUUUUCAUCAAAAAUCACUGCUCCUAAUGUUUUGCUAUUACUGCCCACAGAUGCAGAUGGAAAGCAGUGAUAAUUCAUCAAAUGAUGAUUAAAUGAUGGAAGAAGAGCAUUGUAUCUGGUAAACCUUUAUUUUGGUAGUCCACUUCCAAUAGCUAUAAGUAACUUUGCAACUACAUGUCAACUAGCAGUCAUUAGAGUAUUAGACUGUCUACUUAAUAUCUGCUAAAACUUUAUUGUGAUGGUUCCCAACAGACAUUCAACUGAUUAUAAGUUUUCAAGUUCGUCAACUUAUUCUAUUAACCCUAAUCCUAACCUAACAGUCUACUAAUACUCUAAUGAGAAUUAGUUGUCAUGUAGUUGCAAAGUUACUUAGUAGAAUGUCUGAAGUUGACUAUCAAAUGAUAUCCCAAUGUGUGAUGCAGUCAAGCGCACUUUAAUCACAGUUUCAGGUGCCUUGCAUUGCUGUAUGUACAUUCUCAGUAAAGUACACCAGAUUGCAGUAAUCUGCUGUAUCCUUCACAAUCUAGCACUCAGAACGCAGCCAGUGUCACAGCGAGUGAUUUGCACAAUUCGUGAACUGGGUGUUAAAAACACGACGUCUGGAAAUCGACAAUACCAUUGGCGGGUGCAAUUGAUCCUUAGUGAAUUCCCCCUGUGUGUCAACUGCUCUCUACACACUGCUAUGAAUUUUUGCAGUUAAAUCUGUGUAUAUACAUGGAGUGUACUGUAUGUCCUUGACAGAAAGUCUGCGGUCUGGUUUCGGAUGUCAUCCUCAGUGUUUCAUGGACUUAAGUUUGUAUUACAUAUCGACUGCGGUAUAUUUGUUACCUGUAUUUCCAAUGAUACUGAAACCAAAACCUGUCACGAAUACUAUGAAUGUGUAUAAGUCGAAGAUAGUUUUGUUUUUUAUUUAUUUUUUCCUUCUUUUCUAGAAUACCCAGCGGUACUGCAUAAUAGCAUAUGAGGCACAAGUAACUUGGGACUGUAAUCUCAUAGUUCUGUGGACAAGUAAAUGAAAGGGAAUGCCAUAACAGGGACUUAUGAACAGAGCGUGUGUGAAACUAGUGCAUGUGUGCACAUUUGCGGUACUCUCCUUCUAGUUUGUGUAUGCACCAUGGUACCGUCCCAGGACUCUCCUAGGACCCUCUAACAACAAGCUGUCUCAAGAUGACUAGCUCUUUGUGCCAAGCCUCCGCCAAGCGCUGUCAAAACCCUCUCCAUUAGCGGUGUCUCGAAGCCCCUGGGAAGACCUUGCUUGGUGCAUUUGUGAAAUUUGAAAUGGACAAGUUGCCUGUUUUGUGUGCCUUCACAGUGAAUUCAUCCCCCGAGAUUGCUUUUGUCCUUGGUUCUUUGCAAUGUACCAGACAAAAAAAAA